AUUGCAGCUCUUUUCGGCCCCAAUUAGAGUUUGAAAAUACUGAUAAUAUCUUUUGCAGCUGCUAAUUCCCUAUCUAAAGUGAUGAUCUACACAAAACCUGUAUGUGGUACAUCUGAGUUUAUACAGUCUUUGUAUCCCCCACAUAAUUAUCCAGACAAUCACUAGUGUUAUUCAAUAGUUUUACCAUCACAAUCUUCCUCUUAUCAUUGUCCAUUGCUCUCGCUCUCAGAAACACAGUUAUGCAAAAAUAUUACUUAAUGCAGAUUAACCCUCAAAAUAAAUGCUACAUCAAUAAAAUGGAAAGCUGCAGCAUAUUAAAUAUUUUGGAUAUUAUCAGUGCAUUAUCAACUGUACUUUACAGUCCCUGUUUGGCCUUAACAAUAGUAUUGGACUGAAGAUGUACUGCACAGCAGCCAUUGUCUUGCAUUGCCAUCUGCUGGCUAAGCCUUGAACUGAUGAAGUAAACCCAUGUUUUGUGGUUUCUAAGGCUCAGGCAAUAAAUGUGACACUGCAGAGAGUCAAGACAAGUGCUUAAGAUCUGUUGGGGGCCUAGUCAGUCUUUUUAUUGACAGUUAAUAUAAUGAAUUGACAGAUUAUAGUAUUGUGCACAAGAGCAAAACUGCAGUACUGUGCUGUAAUAGACUGAAGAAAAGGAGUGGAAGCAAUAGUAGGAGAAGAGGAGGAUGAGGAUGGAGCAAAUUAAUUAAUGAAAGCAAAACAUUUCUAGUGUAACUGAUGAUGUCAGCAUGUGGCUUUAUUGAAAAUGGGUAAAUUUAAUAUUAUAAUUAGAAUCCUUGGAUAAAAUCCUUUAUAACAUCAUGAAGAGAGACAGAGUCACAAUCACUCAAGGUUUUCCAUUUCCAUUCCCAUUUCCAUUUCACUACAGUUGCAAGCAGAUACAACACUGCAACAGCAAGAUUACACACAUUUCCCAAGAAGAGACAACAGCAGUUCAGAGCUGUUCUUUCGAAAUAAGGUAGGUCUGCAGUAUGGAGGUGUAGAUUAUACAUUUUCUAAAUGAUCAUCAGUGUUUUGACACACAGACAGGGAUUGAAUCACCAACCCUGAAUGAUUCAUUAUAUAAGCUGAGCUGCUGAUCUGGCUCUGGGAUAUUUAAUAUUCAGCACUAUACAAAAGUUAAAUGAAUCUGUUGGUAUGAGUUUACAAAAGCACUGGAGAGUAUUAACCCAAUUAGCCACAUGGAUGAAAUUGAUGAAAAGUGCACUUUUCUGCUCAUAUUAGUUCAGUGUUUGUACACAAGGGACUACUAAAUUUUAAAGAAAUUGUGGAAAAUGUACAAAUAUAUGUAGUUACAUGAAAAGGCACUAUUUUUGGGCAGAAUUAAAACGUGAAGUUGAUGAGUAUUUUCCUUAAAGUGCAUUACAAUCAGCUGAAACCAGUGGAGUAAUUCUCUUUAAACAGCUGCAUUUCACUUACUUUACACCUAAUCUUUCUCCAGAGGAACUUCUGUUGAUGUGUUUUAAUUAGAUAUGAGUCCCAUACAUGUGUGUACCAAAAUAAACAUUGCUUUACUUUAUGUGAUCAUUUUGAACAGUUCCUUAAAAAAACAUUCUGCUCUUAUGACCAAUUGAUUUAGAUAAUGAAAUAUAUAAACAUAUAUGCUGUAUAAAUCAAUGGAAUUUCUUAUGGACAAUACAAUCAUUUUAUUUUGUGUGUCUAUUGAUUUAUUAACAGCAGUGGUGGAAGUACAUUCACUGAAGUAUUGUACUGUAGUAGAACAAUUUUGGGGUACUUGCACUUUACUUGAGCAUUUCAAUUUUAUGCCUUUUUUAUACCUAUUCUCCACUAAAUUUCAGAGGGAAAUAUUGUACUAUUUACUCCACUACAUUUUUGACAGCUAUAUGGGAGUCAUUAUUUACUUUGUAGAUUCAGAUUUACACUUAAAACAUAUGAUUAAUUUAUAAAGUAUGAUGCAUUAUUAUAUUAUUUAACUGCCCAACAGUAUAUAAAGUCAUUAAUAUUAGGGGAGGGUUUCUAAUGGCUAAAUUUCAAAUGUAUAUAUUUGAGGCAGGGUAGAAAAAUGUGGAUUGAAGAUAAUACAUUUCUUUGUUUGAUCUUUUUAGCUGCGACGGAUGAACAAGGAGAUGGAUCACACGUCAUCAAUGCGGAACCACCAGUCCUCCCAGAAGUCGACCAAAGGGGCGAUAUGGAAGGCUUCAUGUUUGCAAAUGGCUUGCACCCUCUUAUACUCAUUGCACAAGAGGUCGUUGCAUUCUUUCAGAGGCAAAUUUGGGACGAAGAUGAGGACAUGGAUGAUGACAAUGAUGGCAACAUUAACAUUGUCAAUAAUGAUCAUCAAGUUGAAGACGCUGGUGCAGGUGCUGAGGUUGACAUGGAAAUCAACCAGCAUGUAGAAGAAGUAGAUGAAGACCCAUUGCCUGGAGCAUCCAGGAGGAGAUCUAGAGACGAAGAUGCUGAGAUUAAGGAGAGUCCCAGCAAGCGCUUCAGAGCAUGGAAGGAGUUUGAUGACAGCGACUCAGAAGAAGACCCACUGCCCCGAAGGACCAAGAGGAAGUCUGGAGAAAUGGGCAGUGAAGAUGAGGACAGCACCGGCAGCAAACGUUUCAGAUGGUGGGAUGAGUUUGCUUCCAGUGACUCUGGGGAAGACGACGAUGAGGAUGAGGAGAGCACCAGCAGUGAAUGCUUCACAUGGUGGGAUGAGUUCACUUCUAGUGACUCAGAUGAAGACUCUCUGCCCAGAGGAACCAGAAGGAGGUCUAGAGAGGAGGAUGAUGAAGAUGUGGAGGGCACUAGCAGAAAACGUUUCAGGAGAGAAAUGUGAAAUAUGUCGACACCUUCUACAAGCCAAGUCAAGACAGUGACACAGACAAAGGGAACCAGAAACAAAUCACCAGUCCACUCUUGGCCCCCAACAGAUGAUUGUCUCGUAUGUAAAGCAAGAGGAAUUCCACUAGAUGGCACUAUUUUACUUCUCUUCACCUACAUGACUCUGUCCUACAUUUACAACACCUCUGCAUCUAAUUACUCUGGAUGGCAUUACCCCGGCCUCCAGCUCCACUGUAAGGAAUCUGGGAGUUAUCUUUGAUCAGGAUAUGGCC